CACAGCUCCAGUGUGGUAUCGUCGUGCCUAAAACGAGGAGGCGAGGAGGAGGGGGCGGUAAAAAAAAAAGAAAAAAAAGAAAAGAAAGAAAGAAAAAGAAAAGAGAAAACAGCUCGGCGCACUCGACAGCAGCCAAUCAGCUGUCUGGUUUCUCUUCAGCAUCUCAGAGGGACUGAACCAUCGGGUAGUCUUGAUCCCAGGCAACAGGGAGGGAAGAUAGUUGAAAGCUCCUCGCUGCUUAAUUAUGAUUUUGUGAAAUUCGCGAGGAGCUGGAGGAUUACGUCACCAGCACAAAGAGAAAAGAAAAGUUGGCUAAUCAAGACACUGCACAGAGGGAACCAAAUUCCUGCACAAACAUGGCAGACCAGAAAGACAACAUAGACGAUUUUAAAGUCCAGACAGCUAAGCACCCUAAUAUGACUUCGGCCCCAUUACGGCCGCAUAGUGAACACUCUAAAGACCGGGCAUCCAAGAGGCUUUCGACUGAGUCCAAUGGGACUAGCGACGGUGGUGUCGGGUCAUCUACACCAGUGGAGAUUACUGCUUUGGAAGAAUCAUUUCGACGCUUCGCCAUCCACGGCGACACUCGUGCAACCGGCAAGGAGAUGCACGGCAAGAACUGGUCCAAGCUCUGCAAGGACUGCGGCGUGAUCGACGGCAAGAACAUCACCCUCACUGACGUGGACAUCGUCUUCAGCAAAGUCAAGAAGAAAUCCAGUCGCACCAUCAUAUUCGAUGAGUUCAAGGUUGCGCUUGGAGAGCUGGCCAGGAAGAAGUAUAAAGACAAGACUGGAGAGGAGGCUGAGGCAGAGGUGUUCCAGCUGAUCGAGGGGAAGUCACCGGUCAUUUCAGGAGUCACAAGAGCCGUCGCUUCCCCAACAGUCAGUCGUCUUACGGACACCACCAAGUUUACAGGGUCGCACAAGGAGCGUUUUGACGAAACCGGCCGCGGGAAGGGUAAGGCGGGACGAGUAGACAUAGUUGACACUUCUGGAUACGUUUCGGGAUACAAGCAUCAAGGGUCGUAUGAAAAGAAGGUGACCAAACCCACUGCGGGCAGACCCGUGUGAGGGCGAAGACAAGGAAAUAAACAUUUGAUCAACUACUAGGAUGAUUUUCUAUUAAACGAUUACUCAUAGAAAGCACAAAAGCAUAGGAUUUCAUAUUUUUUCCCCAUCCAUCUAUUUUAUGUGUGCGUGUGUGUGUGAGAGCGAGCAAGCGAGAGAGAUGUUUUUGAGUUCCUCUCUUCGUGAAGUGUGAGAACUGGAAAACUGUUUACAUCUAUUUUUACAAAUUCAUCACCAGCUGGUACAUUCCUGUCUGAUAGCAAGUUACUGCCAAACACUGAAGAGAACAAAUGAGAGAAACUGCUUUGCUAUGACUAUUUAGGCUUUGUUGUUAUGAUAGGGCCUUGUAUUUAUUGAGCACAAUGAGCAACAUGCCAAGAAAAACAAAAGCGGGACAACAGUUUGGUGAAUAUACAUUUGCACUUUUUAAUAGAAACAUUUGUUUCCAUGUUUAGCUGAUUACACGGUUUAGCUUGUUUUGCCAUUUCAAAGAUAAUUGGCACAGGUUUUUGACAGAGAUCAUUGAUUUUUCUCUUUCGAAACCUUAAAUUCAUUCAGAUUUCAGCGUUGUCUGUUCGCCAUCUGCACUUAGUAACUGUUUCGUCUUCAUGAAAUCUGCCGUUUGUUAUUUUAUGAGCUCACACUUGUCUUUUCAGUAAUCUGCCUUUAGUUCGAACCAAGAAAAUCGUUUUUUGGGGAGGUUUUUUUGUGAAAGUUAGUCACCCCUCUCAGACUAAAUAUUUGUGACCUUUAUCAUACCUUCUUGCUUUUGUAAAUACAUAUAAAAACAAAAGCUCUCCCAUGCAGAAUUUAACGAGCUUACUUAAAGCUCUUAAACAAAACCUAAAAGGACUUCCCUGUUUUUUCCCUCUUAGUCUUUAUCUAGCUUUAUCAUACCAUAUUUUAUUUAAUUAUACACAAACUGUUUUGCUAACAUGCAUUUUAAGUAAUAAAUUGGUAAAGAGAAAGCUCUAACCACAGAUGAGAUGAGCCUAACUGUACAAGAUUGUAUUUUUAACAUUUUACUUCCUGAUCAGAUUUCUAUACAGUAGUUCUAAUAUAUUUGUGGUAAGAUUGUGUAUAUUCUAAAAAGGUUAAAGCCACAUUAAUUUAAGACACUGGCUUCAAGUUUUAUUUUCUAUUUGUAUUAUGUAUUGCUGUACUUUGUGCAUGUUAUGUAUAUUGCAUUUGAUUCAGCAGCAUAUAGAUGACGGUAGGAGUCUGUCAUAUUAUAUUGGAACUGCUGUGCCUGGUGUAGGAAGAGACUACUGGGUGGACAACAUUGUGUUGUUAAAAAAAAACAUUAAGUAAUGAAAUUGUGAGACGACAAAAUCUUGUAUUGUUUGAAAUCAAUAUGUAUGAACCUGUACGUGUACAAAGUCAGCUAAUGCUCUAAUAUUUGUUGAUAAAAAUCUCCUAAUGCGCACAGUCAUCCAAGGCACAGAUUUAACUGAAGAAAAAACAAACAAACGCAGGGAUUUUAAUGUUUCCUUACACACUGUAUCAGAAAAAGGGAAAAUUGCAAACGAGUAUUAUACUUUUGUAGAAUAUUUUUCCAGCAGAAUGACAGAUUCAUGUCACACACUACUUGUAGCCUCAGCUGAUGAAGACUCGUGCAUCAAGUGCAAAACUAGCAGCUAUCAGUGUGUUUUUGUAGCUUGAGUAUGAUCCGUUUUCUGUGCUUAAUGCCAAAUACUGUGCACCUUUUAAUGUGGAGAAACAAUAUUGUCCUUUUUUCCUUCAAAUAACUUGUAAUGUACUAUUAUGCCCCAGUGCAUGCAGUGUGUUUUCUGUUUGUUUUUUUGUUCUUGUUCUUUAGAUCUCUUAAAGUGUGUUCAUGAUUUGUAGUGCAUUAUUGAAAAUUAAAAAAAGAAAAAAAGAAACCA